AUGGUAUCGGCGCUUAGCAAGGUGCCGAAGCAUCUAAGCGCGAUCAUGAACGCCGAAAUCUCUGCAGAGAAGACUGAUUCGAACAAGCUUAUCCAAGAGGCUGCCGAGUUUGCGGCAUGGUCUGCUGCGGCUGGGAUCCCUACCAUCUCAAUCUACGAUGAGCGAGGAAUUUUGAAGCACCAUGCCGCACUAUUUCACGUUUUUGCCAGUCUCAGAAUCAAGGCAUUAGUCCCAAACCAGACGCAUCGAGUGUCGGUUUAUUUGGAAGGCAAGCUGUCGCUGGACAAGGAGGACCAUGACGGCAGACCACCAAGCCUGAUCAUCUACCUAAUAUCCGAGGAUGACGGACGCCGUGCAAUGGGCGAUGUCACAGAGGCCUUCGCUGAGCAGGUCAAGUGUGGAAAUAUCGCCGUUGAAGAGAUAUCUGUUGGCCCGGUUGCCGAGCAGUUACACUCGCUGGUCAUGCCUGCACCAGACCUUAUCGUCUUGUUCAGGCCAGAGCUGAAGCUGUCGGGCUACCCACCCUGGCAUCUACAGCAGGCAGAGAUGGAGUUCCUUCGCGACAACGGCAAGUUCAGCUAUGUCGCGUUCGCGCAUGCGCUGCGGAAUUACGCCGAUGCUGAAAUGCGGCACGGCAAGUAG